GUACGUCACCAAAAUGGUGUGAAGAAAACAACGCAACAUCAACACGGUGCGAAUGGUCUUGAUAGACAACAUUCAUCACCAGCAGCGUGAAUACGUUCGUCGGCAACAUGUCGGACAGUGGUAGCGGCUCAGAUGCUGACAGUGUGGCAUCUAAUCGUUCUCGCAAGAGCGGUGGCUCGAACCGCUCGGUGUCGCGUUCGGUAUCGCGGUCACCCCAGCGUUCCCGGUCACCAUCGACAUCGCAAUCGGACAACGAGCGGCCAAGAAAGAAGCAGCGUAAAGACCGACGCCGUCUAGACGACGAAGACGAUGACGAUGAUGAGGAAGAGGUGGAAGACGAGCAGGAACCGGAAGGCGAAGAUCUUGACUCGGAAGAGUACGACGAGGAGGAGGAAGACGAUGACAGGCGUGGGGGCCGCAAGAAGAAGAAAAAACCGGACCGCUUCGGUGGUUUCAUCAUCGAUGAGGCCGAAGUGGACGACGAGGUGGACGAGGAUGAUGAGUGGGAAGAUGGAGCGCAGGAGAUGGGCAUCGUGAGCAAUGAAAUCGAAGAGGUGGGUCAAACGGCUCGCGAAAUCGAAAACAGACGCCGCGGGACGAAUCUGUGGGAUUCGCACAAGGAGGAUGAGCUGGCCGAAUACUUGAAGCGCAAGUAUGCGGAUGCUUCCGUGGCCCGGCGCCAGUUCGGGGACGGUGGGGAGGAAAUGUCGGACGAAAUCACGCAACAAACGCUGCUGCCCGGCAUCAAAGAUCCCAACCUGUGGAUGGUCAAAUGUCGCAUUGGGGAGGAAAAGGCAACCGCCCUGCUGUUGAUGCGUAAGUUCCUGACGUACCAGAACACGGAUCAACCGAUGCAGAUCAAAUCGGUCGUAGCGCCGGAAAGCGUCAAGGGCUACAUCUACAUCGAAGCGUACAAGCAAGCUCACGUAAAGUCUGCGAUCAAUAAUGUUGGCAAUCUGCGUGUCGGCAUCUGGAAGCAGGAGAUGGUCCCGAUCAAGGAUAUGACCGACAUCCUGAAGGUGGUUAAGGAGCAGACGGGACUGAAACCGAAGCAAUGGGUGCGACUGAAGCGCGGUAUCUACAAGGACGACAUUGCACAGGUGGACUACGUUGAUCUGGCCCAAAACCAGGUACAUCUGAAGCUGCUUCCACGUAUCGACUAUACGCGGCUUCGCGGUGCACUGCGUGCCACACAGACCGAGGAAAGUACCGAUGCCAAACGCAAAAAACGACGUCCGGCUGCGAAAUCGUUCGAUCCGGAAGCAAUCCGUGCAAUCGGCGGCGAACUGACGUCGGAUGGUGAUUUUCUGAUCUUCGAAGGCAAUCGCUACUCGCGCAAAGGGUUCCUUUACAAAGCCUUCACUAUGUCCGCCGUGCUGGCGGAUGGUGUGAAGCCUACGCUUGCCGAGCUGGAGCGGUUCGAGGAGCAACCGGAGGAGAUCAACAUUGAGCUGGCCGUUUCCUCCAAGGAAGACCCGAUAACGGGACACUCCUUCUCGAUGGGUGAUAACGUGGAGGUGUGUGUGGGAGAUCUGAUGAAUUUGCAGGCGAAAAUUAUCGCGAUCGACGGUUCGUUGAUAACGGUAAUGCCCAAACAUGAGGAGCUGAGGGAUCCGCUCAUCUUUAAGGCUGCCGAAUUGCGCAAGUAUUUCAAAACGGGUGACCACGUGAAGGUGCUUGCCGGUCGGUACGAGGGUGAGACGGGUCUGAUCGUACGGGUGGAACCGUCGCGAAUUGUGCUGGUGUCCGAUUUGACGAUGCACGAGCUGGAAGUGUUGCCGCGCGAUCUGCAAAUCUGUACCGAUAUGGCGACCGGUGUGGAUUCGCUCGGCAUAUACCAGUGGGGCGAUUUGGUGCAGCUAGACGCACAAACGGUCGGCGUUAUCGUACGCUUGGAGCGCGAAAAUUUCCACGUGCUGGGCAUGCAUGGCAAGGUGAUCGAAUGUAAACCAACGGCACUGCAGAAACGUCGCGAAAAUCGAAACACGAUCGCACUGGACUCGGAUCAGAAUCAGAUCCGAAGGAAGGACAUCGUGAAGGUGAUGGAAGGUCCGCACACUGGGCGUGAUGGAGAAAUUAAGCAUCUGUAUCGUAAUCUGGCUUUCCUUCACUCAAGGAUGUACACGGAAAAUGGAGGCAUUUUCGUAGUCAAAACGCGCCAUGUGCAACUUGCCGGAGGUAACAAGAAUCCGAUGCAAAACAGUAACCCGAUGAUGUCACCGUUCGGUGGAAUCAUGUCGCCCCGCAUCCAUUCUCCAAUGCAUCCAUCCGGCGGUCGGGGUGGUGGUGGCGGUGGUCCGAACCGUGGAGGGCGUGGAGGAGGGCGCGGUGGAGCACGUGUUUCGCGCGAUCGUGAGAUAUUGGGUCGAACGAUACGUAUUACCGGUGGACCGUACAAGGGUGCGGUUGGCAUUGUGAAGGAUGCGACGGAAACGACGGCUCGUGUGGAGCUUCAUUCGUCUUGUCAAACGAUCUCGGUCGAUCGGAAUCACAUCACGGUUGUGGACGGAGGCGCAACCAAGGCAGGCAGCGUUUCGUCGUACAUGCGCACACCGAGCCGCACGCCGGCCAGCAGCUACGGUGCACAGACACCAGUCUAUUCCGGCUCCAAGACACCGCUGCAUGGUUCGCAGACACCGCAGUACGAUCCGGGCAGCCGUACUCCGUACGGUUCGAUGACACCGUCGCACGAUGGUUCGAUGACACCGCGCCAUGGUGCGUGGGAUCCGACCGUAUCGAACACACCGGCACGUUCGAACGAUUUCGAUUUCAUGGAGGAACCGUCACCGUCCCCCGGCUACAAUCCAAGCACUCCCGGGUACCAGAUCAACACACCGUAUGCACCGCAUACGCCUGGCAAUAUGUUCAAUUCUGAAAAUUACAGCCCAUAUCAGGCUAGUCCGAAUCCAAGCCCUUCACCGUACCAGGUCGGUGGGUACAUUGGCACACCUUCGCCGAGCGCUUACUCACCCGCCACACCGGGUGCUCCGGCUUCGCCGUACAACCCACAGACACCCGGCGCCGGGCUUGAUCCACAGUUGGGCGAUUGGUUUACAACUGACAUCGAGGUGACGAUCAGGAGCCACGGUGAUUCCGAUCUCAGUGGACAGACCGGUAUCAUUCGCACGGUGAACAAUGGUGAUUGUGUCGUGUUUCUGCCGGAAGAGGACCACUGCGUGACUGUGCCACUGUCCAAUCUACAGCCGGUACUACCGGUACCGGGCGAGAAGUUUAAAGUGAUUGUUGGCGAGGAGCGUGAAACGGUCGGUGAAUUUAUCGACAUGUCUGGCAGCAACGAGGCGGUGGUCAUGAUGAACGGCCAAUCGACGCUCAUUCCGAUGAACUAUAUGGCCCGCUACCGGGAACCGACGAAGAACUAACGUG